AUGGCGCCGCCGUUCCUCAAGACCGGGCACGGCCGCGACUCCAGGUUCUCGUUCAGGCGCCGGAAGUCGGGCAAGGCCUCGCCCUCGCCGUCCUCGCCGCUGUCCGUGUCGUCGUCGGAGGAGAUCAUCGACCCGGGGAGCCCCAUGGAGUCGUCCAAGGCCCAGACGCUGCCGUGCGCCAGGCGGGCGCUGUCCAGGAGCAGCUGCGGCUCCAGGGGGAAGCUGUCCGUCGACCUGAUCCCGCCGCCGCUCGCCGGCGGCCCGUCCGACGCGCCAAGGCCGUCCACCUCGGCGCCGCCGCCCAAGCCCGCCCCACGGCACGACGGCCCGCCUUCAGAUUAUGAGAUCGUGAGGGAGAAGUUCUCCAAGCUGCUGCUGGGGGAGGACAUGUCCGGCACCGGCAAAGGGGUGUCCUCUGCUCUCGCCCUCUCCAACGCCAUCACCAAUCUUGCAGCUUCCGUGUUCGGCGAGCAGCGGCGUCUCCAGCCGAUGGCCCCGGAGCAGAAGGCCCGGUGGACCAAGGAGAUCGACUGGCUCCUCUCCGUCGCCGACCACAUCGUCGAGUUUGUUCCGUCGCGUCAGGUGUCCGACGAUGGCAGCACCAUGGAGGUAAUGAUAACCCAGCAGCGCAAGGAUCUGCAGAUGAACAUCCCCGCGCUGCGCAAGCUCGACAUGAUGCUCCUUGACUAUCUUGACAGUUUCAGCGACAAGCAGGAGUUCUGGUACGUUAAGAAAGAAUCAAAUGACUCUGAAAAGAGUGGCGACGCGCCGACGCAGGGUGACAAGUGGUGGCUCCCAACCGUGAAGGUCCCUCCGAAUGGCCUGUCAGACUCGUCGAGGAGAUGGCUUCAGCACCAGAAGGAGCUCGUCAACCAGGUCUUGAAGGCAACAAUGGCCAUCAAUGCUAAUGUUAUCAUGGAGAUGGACGUUCCGGACGCUUACAUGGAGUCUCUGCCUAAGAAUGGAAAGUCGACCCUUGGGGACUCGAUGUACAAGCUUAUAACCGACGAGUAUUUUGACCCCGAAGAACUCAUCGCAACAGUAGACUUGUCGAACGAGUACAACAUUGUUGAUCUGAAGAACCGAAUCGAAGCGUCCGUGGUCAUUUGGCAGAAGAAAAUGACGCAGAAGGACACGGGCAAGUUGUCGUGGGGCCAUGGUGUCAGUCACGAGAAGCGGGGGCGGUUCGAAGGGAGGGCGGAGAAUGUUCUUCUCCUCCUUAAGCACAGGUUUCCUGGAAUUUCUCAGUCAGCUCUAGACAUCAGCAAAAUCCAAUAUAACAGGGAUGUUGGCAGUGCAAUUUUGGAGAGCUAUUCCAGGACACUGGAGAGUCUGGCCUACACGGUCAUGUCACGCAUCGAAGACGUUCUUCACGCCGACUCCCUCGCACAGGACCCCAAAAACCCGGACGCGAUGAGAGUGCCAAGCUUGCAAUCAGACGACACCGAUACGGUCGUCCAGGACGCCAAAGAAGAGGUGGAGAGGCUGGGAAGGAUGGAGCCGCUUAACUCGACGCUGUUCGACUACGUGGGCCCCCGGGACGGAGACAUCCAGAGCAUGAUUGCAGAAUCGGAUGAUCCCCAAGAUGCAAAGGUGACGAAGGUGUCCCCGAUCGCGACCAAGAGGUUCUCUUACCUUGAUAAGCUUGAGAAUUUGGGUGGAACGAGGAGCCCCAUAUCUAGACACUAGUUGGUUGCUGCCGUAGGGAAUAUGACACAUCACACAUGUAUGCUGCUGCUGCAAAGCCUCCGGAGGAAAUGCAUGUAUAUAUGUCGGAUGUUCAGAGCAUUGUGAUCAAGGUGCAGAACUGAUCGAGCGUGUACCAUUAUAUGAGGUUAUGUAAAGCUUUCGGACACCUUUAACUCCAUUGUUCCUCAAUGA